AUGCUAUACCGAAGCUUCUACCGGGUGAUUGUCGAGCGCGUCAUGCUCGGCGACAAUGGCUCCACGGAGUUCACCAAGCCUACCAUUCUGGGCCUCAAAAUGGGCGUCUACCUCUCUCUCUUCUACUAUUUCAGCACAGACCCCUACGGGGUCUUCUUCAGCGCACCCUGGCUAUCGAAGGAAGUGGCCACGCUGAUCAUGAUGUACUACCUCAUCGCGACCGGACUGACCGUGGUCCUGCUGGGUCCCAUCGCGCCCUUCCCCGUCAACCUGCUCGAGCGCAUCCUGCCCUCGCACCUGAUCGCCGGCCACCCGUUCAACGAUCUCAACGUCCUGCCGCCCCCGGUCUACUACCCCGGCAAGGCGCGCAUUGCCGAGGCCCGCGAGGCCAUGAUCAAGCGCCACAACGUGCUGCCAAGCUUGAGCAAGAGCAAGAGCAAGGCCAAGGCCAAAAAGUACGCCGACGAAGACGAAGACAAGUACGCCAACUACGCCAAGGAAUUCAAGGAAUCCAUGGAUGUGAAGGACGCCAAGGAUGUGUAA